AUGUGGUCGCGGCCUCCCCUGGCGCCAACUCCCUGCACCUCCCUCUGGAGAUCCAGUCCACCGACAACGCAGUCCAGCUCUCUCUCAGGGGGCUGGUUGACUGCAGUGCCAUGUCAGACUUCAUUGACUCCACCUACGCCUCCGAAAACCGACUUCCGGUCCAGCAGCUCUCCCAGCCUAUCCCAGUCUACAAUGUGGACAGCACGCCAAACAAAGCUGGCUCCAUUCGACAAGUUGCCGAUGUGGUCCUGUGUUACCAAGGACACAGUGAGCGGGUCCAGCUCACUGUCACUUGGCUUGGCAAGCAGAAGUUGA